ACCUUCUCUCUCUCCCUCUCCGCUCUCUCCUCUCCCCUCUCUCUCUCUCUCUCUCGCGCGCGCAGUAGGCCACAGAGCCAACCAGCACUCCGCGAUUCGCGAACGCCGCGAAGGCUUCUGGAGGAGUAGGGUUUCGAUCGUACUGUUGCGGCGCAGCAAUCCGAAAAUGGUGGAGACGGUUAACCUCGACGUCGAUCGCGGUGGCUCCGAGGAGCACCUCCUGCUGGCGGCGGAGACGAGCAAAACUGACUGCUCCUGGAGGUUGAACUUCGACGGGUUCGAGUUGUCGCCGGAGCACAAGGAGAAGCCUCCUCGUGGCCUCCAUGACUGCCUUGGGGUUUUAAGAGAAGAAGAUAUUGUGGCAGAGUAUUAUCAACAACAGGUAGAAAUGCUUGAGGGAUUUAAUGAAAUGGAUGCCUUAGCAGAUCGUGGUUUUGUGCCAGGAAUGUCAAAGGAAGAAAGGGAAAAGUUGGCCAAAAGUGAGACAGCUGCCAUAAGGAUAUCAAAUAUUGCAAACAUGGUUCUCUUUGCUGCUAAGGUUUAUGCAUCUAUACGGAGUGGGUCACUGGCCAUCAUUGCAUCCACAUUAGACUCUCUGCUUGAUCUUCUCUCUGGUUUUAUUUUGUGGUUUACGGCUUUCUCCAUGCAGACACCAAAUCCAUAUCAAUAUCCAAUUGGAAAGAAACGUAUGCAGCCUUUGGGAAUCCUUGUUUUUGCUUCUGUGAUGGCGACCUUAGGACUGCAGAUAAUUUUGGAAUCUGUGCGCACUCUUAUAUCUGAGGAGUCAAAUUUCAACCUCACCAAAGAACAGGAGCGAUGGGUUGUUGGCAUAAUGAUUUUUGUCACUCUGGUGAAACUAGUUUUGGUGUUUUAUUGUCGAUCCUUCACCAAUGAAAUUGUCAAGGCAUAUGCCCAGGAUCACUUCUUUGAUGUUGUCACUAACAUCAUAGGCCUUGUUGCUGCAUUACUUGCAAACUACAUAACUGGCUGGAUUGAUCCUGUCGGAGCUAUUAUUCUGGCUUUGUACACCAUCCGAACAUGGUCAAUGACAGUGCUGGAGAACGUGAACUCCCUCGUUGGCAAAUCAGCAACGCCAGAGUUUCUACAGAAGCUGACAUACCUGUGUUGGAAUCACCACAAGGCCAUACGGCACAUAGACACCGUCAGGGCUUACACCUUCGGCUCUCACUACUUUGUCGAAGUUGACAUAGUCUUGCCUGCAGACAUGCCCUUGCAAGAGGCUCAUGACAUCGGAGAAUCCUUGCAGGAGAAACUGGAACUGCUGCAAGAGAUCGAGCGGGCAUUUGUUCAUCUGGAUUAUGAGUACAGCCACAAACCAGAACAUGCACAGGCUCAUCAGUAGAUACUGUAAGUAACUUUUAUGUGACUUUCUACUCUCCCCCUCAUGUUUUUUUCCGGUGGUUUGUAACUGUAAUUGAUGGGGAUUGUACUUUCACUGGGUAGGCUCCAAUUUGUCAUCUAUUUGACAGCCUACAAACAGUUUAAUUAUGCUUGAUUCUUAUUUUUGCCAAUUGGUUUCUAUAUGGUAAUUUUCAUUAAUUAGGUAAA